AUGUCCCAAUACUCCAACUUCAACCUUUCUUCCGAAUUGCCCGCCUGGAAGCGCCUCGAGUCUGUGUACGAGCAGGUCGGCAAGACCCUCAAGGUCAAGGACGAGUUUGCCCAUGAUCCUGAGAGAUUUGCCAAGUUCUCUGAAACCUUCAAGAACUUCGACGGCCUGGAGAUUCUCUUUGACUUCUCCAAGAACAUCAUCAACGACGAGGUCAAGAAGGACCUUGUGGCCUUGGCCAAGGAGGCUGGCGUGGAGCACCUCAGAGACGAGAUGUUCAAGGGCUCCAAGAUCAACGAAACCGAGGACAGAGCCGUGUACCACGUUGCCUUGAGAAACAGAAAGCUCAAGGAGAUGAAGGUGGAUGGCGAGAACACCGCUCCGGAGGUUGACUCCGUGCUCAAGCACAUGAAGGAGUUCUCUGACGAUAUCCGUUCUGGUAAGUGGACCGGAUUCACCGGCAAGGCCAUUACUGACGUGGUGAACAUUGGUAUUGGUGGCUCCGACUUGGGUCCUGUGAUGGUCACCGAGGCAUUGAAGGCCUACUCCCAGGAGGGCUUGAACGUGCACUUUGUGUCCAACAUUGACGGCACCCACUUGGCCGAGACCUUGAAGGGCUUGAGCCAGGAGACCACCUUGUUCUUGAUUGCCUCCAAGACUUUUACUACUGCUGAGACCACCACCAACGCCAACUCCGCCAAGGCUUGGUUUUUGGAGAAGGCCCAGCAGAACGACAUUGCUAAGCACUUUGCUGCUCUUUCCACCAACGCCGAGCAGGUGGCCAAGUUCGGUAUCGACACCAAGAACAUGUUUGGUUUUGAGAGCUGGGUCGGAGGCCGUUACUCCGUCUGGUCGGCCAUUGGCUUGUCUGUGGCCAUCUACAUUGGUUUCGACAACUUCAACGACUUCUUGAAGGGUGCCGAGGCUUUCGACGAGCACUUCACCUCCACUCCAUUGGAACACAACGUCGCUGUCCUCGGUGGUCUUUUGUCCGUGUGGUACAACAACUUCUUCGGCGCCCAGACCCACUUGGUUGCUCCUUUCGACCAGUACAUGCACAGAUUCCCAGCCUACCUCCAGCAGUUGUCCAUGGAGUCCAACGGUAAGUCUGUCACCAGAGGUAACUCCUUUACCAACUACCAGACCGGCACCAUCUUGUUUGGCGAGCCUGCCACCAAUGCCCAGCACUCUUUCUUCCAGUUGGUGCACCAGGGUACGAAAUUGAUCCCAGCGGACUUUAUUCUCGCUGCUCAGUCCCACAACCCAAUUGAGAACAACUUGCACCAGCGCAUGUUGGCCUCUAACUUCUUUGCUCAGUCUGAGGCUUUGAUGGUGGGUAAGGACGAGAACCAGGUGCAAAAGGAAGGUGCCACUGGCGGUUUGGUGCCUCACAAGGUCUUCUCUGGUAACAGACCCACCACCUCCAUCUUGGCCCAGAAAAUCACCCCAGCUGCUUUGGGUGCUUUGAUUGCCUACUAUGAGCACGUCACUUUCGUCGAGGGUGCCAUCUGGAACAUCAACUCGUUCGACCAGUGGGGUGUUGAGUUGGGUAAGGUGUUGGCCAAGGCCAUUGGCAAGGAGUUGGACGAGUCCGGAGACGUUUCUGACCACGAUCCAUCCACCAACGGCUUGAUCAACCAGUUCAAGAAGUGGAGCUCGUGA